AUGUCUAUCUCAAAGGGCAUAGCAUUGAUAACUGGGUCUGCCCAGGGAAUUGGUCGCAGCGUCGCUCUUCGUCUCGCACGGGAUGGCUUUGACGUUGCUCUCAAUGAUGUACCCAACAAGGAUGCCAAGCUGGAGUCGGUAGCGACUGAAAUAAAGAGCCUUGGGAGACAAGUCUGCAUCGUUCCCGCCAACGUGGCCGACAAUAAUCAAGUCAAAGAAAUGGUUGAUGGUGCUGUUACAAAACUUGGAGGACUGGAUGUCAUGGUUGCCAAUGCUGGGGUAAUAACGCUUGCAUCGCUCGCAUCGUCGACUGCAGAAGCAUGGGACCAUAUCCUUUCAGUCAACGCCCGUGGAGCUUAUCUAUGUUAUAAGUACGCCGCCAUGCAGAUGAUUGAACAGGGACGUGGCGGUAGAAUCAUCGGUGCGAGCUCGGCCCUAGGCAAAAUAGGCUUUCCCUACAACUCCGCGUAUACAGCGAGCAAAUUUGCAAUUCGAGGGCUAACCCAAUCUGCAGCUGUUGAGCUCGGUCAGUAUGGCAUUACUGUAAAUGCAUAUGCUCCGGGCGCGAUAAAGACUGCUAUGUCCAAUGUCAUGAUAAACAAGUCUGGAGAGGUGGAUUAUGCACCAAUUGUCGACGAUCCUCGCUCGAGGAAGUACAUCACAUCGAUACUCGAGAACGUUCCUAUCAAGCAUAUUGGACAGCCUGAAGAUAUAGCUAGCAUCGUAAGCUAUCUCGCAUCGAAGGAAGCGCGCUUCAUUACCGGUCAGUUCAUGCCUUUAUUACGCCUGUCCCUUGCUUACUUAGCAUGCGAUGUCUCCUAG